GACCUAAGUUUGUAAAGCGGCCUGUACAAACUUGCUGUUCUUGUAAUUAAAACGUAUUCAGGAGUGUGAUGUAUGAUUUACUUUUUCAGGAGUUUUCCCAUUAAAAUAUUGGAGUCACUUGUGGUAAUAGUCAACAAAUGUUUCAGACUUGCGUCUUAGAGUAAGUGGAGUUUGACUGAAGGAUGUACUCAAAAGUGAAACGCUUGCAAAUUCUAGGUCUCACAAAAUUCCCCUUCCUAGCCAAUGCAAGGUUAUCCUACACUAAUAUGACAGAUUUUUUAUUGGGAAGCUGGUAAGUAUUAGGAGACGCCGAAGCAUGAUAAUUUUGGUUUGCUUGCAUGUAUGUCUACCGGGCUUAAGCUGUCCAAGUCUGUUAGCGUCAUAUGACCAUGACACCGAUUUUUAUGUUGCAUGAUAGAAAUUCUUCGUUACUACCUGGUCACUAUUUGCUUUAGUCAAUGGCGUUUUUUGAAGUGGCUUGCACAGGUUUAUGUUUAACUUACUAGUCUUUAUUAUUAUUAUUUGGACGCAGAUGUUGGCACAAGGGGGCACCGAAUACACACGCGCCACACAAAUCUCAUUUGAUACUAGUCUUCAUCAGACACGGUGUUUGUUAUCCAUACUAUAAAACUAAUUUCCUGGACAAUAAAUAGAGCUUAUUGUAAAACCAACUGAUUAUAGGGCUUAUUGUUUAAAUUUCCUAAUUUUUAAGACUCGUAUCUAGUCACAACGCCUCAAUUAUUUGUUUUCUUUCUAUGUGAUCUGUCUUCAAAUAUUUUCAACCGCUUUUUCUUCCCCCCUUCCAGUUUCGAAAUAUGCCUUUUAGCUUACAAUAAGAGUUCCCUUACCGAAACUACUUUUUAUAAAUUAAGAGUUGAGUACAUUGCACGUGUGACUUUUGACCUGUUCAUUCCCUUUACUUUUUAGAAUCUGUUUAAAUCAUUAAGUUGUCGUUCCAAAAGUUUGUCAUCUUUGAAUAAUGGCCACCGUGUCUAAACACAAGAAAGUGAGGAUCAUGAAACAGAAGUUGAAACUUUUUCGAGCCAAUGAACCAUUAAAAAGUGUACUGAUGUGGGGCAUAAAUUAUUCGUUUUCCGCUCUAAAUCAUGUAAAGCAACGUGCACUGUUAUUGAAAGACGAUUUCAAAGCAUAUAUGAAAGUGAAGGUUAAUAACCACCACUUUAACAAGGAGAAUAUGCCUAGUAGAUUCAAGUUUAAGGAGUACUGCCCAAUGGUGUUCAAGUCAUUACGAGAUCGAUUUGGAGUUGACAAGAUGGAUUAUUGGGACUCUUUCACCAGACACCAACCAUUGUGGGAUAGUACGCGUGGAAAAUCUGGAUCGAAAUUUCUAGUCACGUAUAACCGACAAUUUGUAGCCAAAACAAUCAGUUCAGAAGAAGUUGAACAAAUGCAUCAAAUGUUAGAAGAAUAUUAUUCUUACAUUGUCAAAGGACACGGCCAAACACUGCUUCCUCAAUUUCUUGGACUUUAUCGACUUACAGUGAAUGAUCAGGAGUCGUAUAUAUUAGUAAUGAGGAAUGUGUUCAGCCCAAGACUUGCGAUUCACAAGAAAUAUGAUUUGAAGGGCUCAGCUGUGGAUCGUGAAGCCAACGAAAAGGAGAAGUCGAAGCCCUUGCCAACUCUGAAAGAUGCAGAUUUUCUAACAGAUUUGUGCAAAAUGCAUAUUGGUGAAGAGUCUAAAAAGAAGAUGUUGAGUACUCUGGAAUGUGAUAUACAAUUCUUACAGGAGAACAAUUUGAUCGACUACAGCCUUCUUAUUGGAGUGCAUAAUCCCGAGAUUGCAUUGGCUAAUUCAAUUGAGGAUGCUGGUGAUGACGGUGAAGGGACUGGUGGUGGUGUGUUGGAGCCUAACAGUCGAGGCUUCGAUGACAGGAUGGUGUCUGCAGGUGACGGUCUUGGAACACUUAGCUCACAAUGGCAAUGUGGUCGUUUGUCGAUGGCUAGAUCGAGUAUUGUGCUUGGUCUGAGCUCGUCAGCAGCUGCCGAGGCUGCUAGUUGUGGUGUUGGUACUGGGAAUGCGAGCACAGGUGAUGAUGACGAUGAAGAGGAGGACGGUAUCAGUAUACCAGAGAACAAUACACAAGUCCCUACAAGUGAAUUGACCCCACCGGAUAGUCCACCUGGUGCAGAAUGUCUACCUCAAUUAUUCUCAGGUGAAUUGCAUCCUACUUUGGAACAUUAUGGAAUCAAAAGUUCAAUUGAUUCUCCUCAUCCACUGAUCUAUUUUGUGGCUAUUAUCGACAUACUAACCCGUUAUGGGAUGCGUAAACGUACAGCGCAAACUUACAAAACAGUGAAACAUGGUGCUGAUGGUGGUUCUGUAAAACCGGAAUUCUACGGUCGUCGUUUAUUGGAAUUUGUUGAACAGUGCAUUGACUGAGCGGAAUGAGAAGUCUUAGUUGACCUCUGUAUGAAUGUACGCAUCGUUCCCUUGCUUUGACUCGAUCUUUCUAUCUAACUAUGUAUGUAUGUUGUUUGUUGUAUCGAGUUCCUAUGUGUUUGUAUAUAAUGCGUGCAUAUACAACUAUCCAACUAUGUAAUUGUACACAUAGGGUGCUAAAGCAUGCAUACACACAUACAUACAUGCAUUUAUAUAUGGACACAAACACGUACACUCUCACACUCACAUAUAUUAUGGAUAAACAGACGGGCAUGGCCGUGUUACCCAUUGUGGUUCGAGUGUGGAAGAAUUGUGAUCAGAAACCUUGUUUUUUCUUUUGUUUUGCUGCAUUUUUAUUUUAUCGAGUACUUAUUUAUCUUUUGUUGAUUACUUUGUGGACACUUUCAAGUGUUCAGCGUGUGUUUAUGUGACUGACUUUUGAUUGAUUAGAUUGUUUCUUUGAGGAAUACUGACUGUGAUGUUGGGAUAGUUGUUGAAGGUGGACUGAUGUUUGAUGUGAGUGAGAUGAUAUAGUUAAAUGAGAUUGGUGAUUAAUUGUAAGCGGUGUGGUUGUGUUUAUUACAUGAGAAUUUAGUAUGAUGAAAAUGAAUAAUGAAUAGAUUGGUGUUGUUGUAUUAUGUUGAGAUGAGCGGAGUUUAGAUUGACAGUUAUCGAUGUAAGAAUAUUAGAUGAUAUCACAAUAUUAACUGAUUAUUGAUUUUUUGAUAUUUAAUAAUUUGUCGUAGUUAAUUGUUUGAAUGGUGCUUAUUUCUCGUGAAUUCUUUGUUGUAUUAAUACUUGUAUAAAGAGUAUUAUGAAUGA